AGUGACGCAUCACGCGCUUCUUGAGAAAGUUGCAUCUGUUGCUUCAUGAAGACUUAAAUACAGCUCAUCCAGCCUAGCUCAUCAUCAGAUCUGAUCAGCGCUCAACUAGAUCAUCACUCUGAAGACCUCCAGAAGCUCUCUUCCAGAUCAACACUGCUUUGACGUCUAGAACCUGACACGAUGCAUGUAUUCCUAGCCCUCAUGUUUGUGGCUGCUGCCACGGCCGAGCUUGCCCCUCUGCUCAAGAACUCUGAGCCCAUCCCAGGAAAGUACAUCAUCAAGCUCCGUGACGAUUUCAACAUCGAUGAAAUUGCUUCUACCGUUCGUCUCUCUGGUGGAAAAGUAGGUAACCUUUUCAGACACGUCCUCCACGGCUUCGCUGCCGACCUCUCCGAUGAGGUCCUCGACAUUGUUCGUGGACUUCGCGCCGUUGAGUACGUUGAACAGGACGGCGUCUACCGUGCUCAGGUCACCUGGGGUCUAGACCGUAUCGACCAAAGGAGCCUCCCUCUUAACAAUGGAUAUAGUCCAAGGGGCACUGGAAGCGGAUAUACUGUGUGGGUAAUCGAUACCGGCGUCAGGGAUUCCCACAAUGAGUUUGGUAGUCGUGCUCAGCAAAAGGCUAACUUCGCAGGUGAUUCGAAUGCUGGUGAUUGUAACGGUCAUGGAACCCACUGCGCUGGGACAGUUGGCUCCGAUACCUAUGGUGUCGCGACCAAAGUUAACAUCAAGGGAGUCAAAGUCUUGAACUGUGAGGGAUCGGGUACCACUAGCGGUGUUAUCUCAGGGGUGGAUUAUGUAAAGGAAAAUAAAGGAAAGGACAACAAGGACAUUGCUUCAAUGUCGCUGGGAGGAGGGAUCUCUGCAUCUUUAGACACUGCUGUCGAACAACUUGUUUCUUCUGGGGUUCCAACCGCCGUGGCUGCUGGUAAUAGUAAUAUCAAUGCCUGCUACUCUUCUCCUGCACGUGCUUCGACGGCAAUCACAGUUGGAGCUACAGAUAACAGCGACAAACGCUCCUCUUUUUCCAACUACGGUAACUGCCUAGACAUCUUUGCUCCAGGUACUUCUAUCACAUCUACUUGGUAUACGUCUAAUUCAGCAACCAGAACCAUCAGUGGAACUUCGAUGGCCUGUCCUCAUGUUGCUGGUGCCAUAGCACUUUUCGGCAAAAGCACUUCCAGUAUGAUUGCUAGUGCUUCUAGCAAUAAGAUUAGUGAUGUGGGAUCCAAUAGCCCUAAUAAACUUCUCUACGUCGGAUAAUGAGUGAUGGCGGCCCGCUCCAAGCAGCAACGAAGCAGAGUUAUGAAACAUAAACUUAAAAAAAAAUGAACUGUUCAAUUUUCUUUGAAAACGAGCAUCUGUGUGUUUGACUUAUCCUGGAAUGAAUAAAUGACGCGGUAAAAAUAAACAUGAAAUUACUUUUAUUACAAAAGGCUUCUUCCAUUCCAUACCGGUAUUAAUGUAAACGUGGGAGAACUGUAGUGUAAAGGCUGUUUUAAGCCAUGCAAGAAUACGGGGGGUCUUUCUUUUACGGAACAAGCACUGUUAACGUGCAGUAAAGGCCAUAUCCUUCAACAAUUUUCUUUUUGAGAAAUGACUAAAAAACGCAACUAAAAGAUAUAACGGGAUCAUAAUUAAUGAUUGAUAACAUUCAAAAUCAUCUAUCAGUCAUGGCGAUACUUUAAAUUCUAGAUGUAUUUCUCACUGUAUAUCGGUUGAGCAAGCAUCGUGGGGAUUCUUUCUUCAUGAGAGUGUUGUAACAAGAUUAUAGAUAAGAAGAUCUGUUGGUAGUUAUUGCCAUCAAGAGAAUGAUUUUGGUCUCAUCUACAAAGAGAUACUAGGUGGUUGGAAUGUCUUCUAUACAAGAAUGUUCACAAUGCAAUACGCCUUUUACAAUGAAGUUUUUUUCAUCAACAUCACCAAGUUAGCCCUCCAAAGUUAAAAAGACAUUGCAUUAUCAUUUACCGAUCAUAACCGAAAUGUAUAAUCGAAUCUUUACCGAAUAAAAUUUAAAUUGAACUGCA